AGAUCACUUCAUGCCGGCUCGAAGUUCUUCUUUUAUUCCUUUUGUUUAGCAUCUUGCAGCGUAAGUGCGCUUUCAAAGUGCACCACUACCAUCGAUUGCUAGGCUAGUGAAGAGUGUAAUGCCGAAAACAACAACUUUCUACCGGUAAUGCUUUGAACGCUUCACUGGGCGCAGCAAAAAUAUUUUUGUUUACAUCGCGUAAUCCUUGUUUUCGUUCGAACCAACAACCAUGGGAUUUGGACUGCAGCUUAGACUCCUGCUUUGGAAGAAUUUCACUCUGAAGAAACGAGCUCCAAUUACUGUUCUGAUUGAAGUCCUUAUACCAUUGGUUUUGUUCCUUAUUUUGAUGAGCAUUCGUUUUAGACGAGAACCGGACUUCGUUCCUGAAGAGGUGUUUCCAGUUCGUGCCCUGCCAUCAUCAGGAAUCAUCCCUCUGCUUCAGCAGUUUUGUAACAACAAAGAUAAAGAUGAGCAUGGAUUUCCAGUGCAUCCAAAUGCCAGUAUCGGCACUGUUCUGGAUCACAUUGCAGACAUUUUGUCAUCACCUGGUCUGUCUACUGCUGAUGACUUGAAAACGCUGCCACAGGAUUAUGACGAAUUUCACAAGAACUUAAACAAAAUGGUUUCACAUGCUCAGAAUGUUGAUAACUUCACAAUAAGGGAAAUACUGACUGAUCCCAGUGAAGUACAACAGUUUAUGCAGAACUUGUCUAUCCCACCAUCUGUGGCUGAAGGACUACUUAACUCUACUGUGAAUUCAAGAGAGCUAGCAAAAUAUGUUGGUGUCCAUGGAAAGAACAUUUUGAAGCAACUUCCUUGGUCUGGGAACCAUUCAGUGCCUGGUGACAACCUUAACAGAUUUCCAACACAGAGCUCCUCACCUGGAGGAGCUGACCUUCUUGGUCUUUUGCUUUUUGGUACCAUGAGUAAUCUUAUGGGUGCUGCACCCAGACCACCAUCACCUCCACAUACACCUGCAACCAAUUUCACUAUUCAACAGCCUUCAGACACUACUAAUGUGCAACCAAAUACUUCAUCGUGCAAUGUAACUGAGCUGGAAAGAGUCUUAGUUUUCAAAGGUGCAAAUCAAAAGGAAACACUCCAGCAUUUAUGCCAGCUGACACCUCAACAAGCACAGGUUUUGGCUUCCUAUCUUCAGAAUCGUGUAGAUCGUAAGGCUGCUAUGCAAAAGCUGAAUGUAACCCGUGAGGAUGUGAUUGCAUACAACAAGUCAUACACAAAACUCAGAGGAGAUCUCAAGAAUUUGACUGAAUUUGUGCACUUGGUACAGAAGGGAGUGGAACUAGCACAACUGCUUCGCCUCAACCUCUCCUUCACACAGCACCUCGAGAACAAGACUACAUGGCAGAGAAGAAAGAUUUACCUGCGGGAGAUGUGGAAGAAUCUUGGUCCUAUCAUAUGCGGACCAGAUCCAGAUGCCCAGCCCAAAAAGAAAGUGAUAGAUCACAUGUAUGACUAUCGGUGCCGCACAUCGGGUUGUAGAACGAGAGCAAUGCGCCUUAUGCUCUAUCUCCUUCUGCACAAUCCUAAAAUAGCGUACUCUCCAAAUGGCACCGCUGCCGACAAAGUCAUUGAAAAGGCGAACAGGACAUUUUCAGACAUCGAGAAGCUUCAACACCUGGCUGAAGAUUGGUUGAACACUUCACAGAAGAUUCGUAGAGUGCUAAAGCUAAAUGACUCACAGUACUAUCUUGGACUUGUACUGAACAGUAAACACAAGUGCCUUCGCCGUCACAAUAACAUGGCUCAUAAUUUAACCGGAUACAAGCCCAGUGACUAUUUCGGGCAAUAUCAAGGUCUUGACGAGCUACUGACCCGAAGUUGUGACAACACCAAUCCCUUGAUUACUCAACUGGACACCAUUGACAAUGUGGCUCGUCUGUGGCUGGAAAUGGCCUCACAUCUCAACCUUAACAUCUUCAAGGGUUUCAAGGACGAGAAGUCAUUGGUGAACUAUGCUCUGAAUAUUAACAACUCAAGGGGAGGAGACACCUCCAAAGUGGUUGCAGGGAUUGUGUUCAUGAAUAUCAAGGUGAAUGCUAGCCUUCCUCCUCACGUCAAAUACAAGAUUCGAAUGAAUGCCACUUACUUCACACCUGCAACUGAUAGUAUCCGUGACCCGUACUGGAUGCCUGGGCCUCAGAGCUGGAACCAGCGCUACUACGAUCUGGGAUUUACCUGGCUACAGGAUCAGAUAGAAAGGGCCAUAGUGGAUCUGCAUGCUGAACGGGAUGUGAUCAAACCUGCUGUGUACAUGCACGAGAUGCCAUAUCCGUGCUACGUUAGAGACAAUUUUAUGUUCAUCAUUGAGCACAUGAUGCCACUGUGUAUGACAGUGUCGUGGAUUUACACUGUAGCACUGGCCGUACAAGCCAUCGUCUAUGAGAAAGAACAACGGCUGAAGGAGGUCAUGAAGAUGAUGGGUUUGUCCAAUGCCGUGCACUGGGUGGCCUGGUUUAUAACAUCGCUCUGUGUUAUGUCCAUCACUGUGUUUCUUCUGGUUAUUACCCUGAAGUACGGCAAGGUGUUAUACUACAGCGAUCCGUUGGUCGUUUGGGUGUUUCUGAUGGUAUUUGCCGUGGUGACGAUUGUGUUAUGCUUUUUGAUCUCCGUGUUUUUCUCCAAAGCAAAGAUAUCCUCUGCGUGCGGUGGGAUCAUCUACUUCUUAACCUACCUGCCAUACGUGUUCAUCUCUAUCCGAGAGGAGGCUGGGAGCGUAAACGUGUCGGGCAAAGAGAAAAUGGCUGCCAGUCUCUUCUCCACCUCCGCGUUUGGACUGGGUGCUAGGUAUUUUGCGAUCUACGAAGAAGAAGGAGUCGGAAUGCAGUGGUCCAAUCUGGGCAAGAGCCCCGUUCAAGGCGAUGACUUUAACCUGUUGAAAGUUAUGUACUGUAUGAUGAUGGACACUGUAAUCUACGCCAUCUUGGUGUGGUAUAUUGAAGCUGUUCAUCCUGGUUCGUACGGUCUGCCUAGACCCUGGUAUUUCAUCUGUCAGCCAUCUUACUGGUUUGGCCACAAUACGCAAGCCUGUCCUAAGAUGAGCCGCCGUACAUUCCAGAUGAUGACAGCGGAUGAGUUGGAGGAUAUGCCUCAGGCACAAGGCCUUCUGGCGUAUGAACGAGAACCUAUUCACCUGUCGCUUGGUGUGACUAUUGAGAAUCUUGUGAAGGUAUACAAGGAAGGAAAGAAACUAGCAGUAGAUGGUUUAACACUAAAUCUCUACGAAGGACAGAUAACCUCGUUCCUUGGUCACAAUGGGGCAGGCAAGACUACCACCAUGUCCAUAUUGACAGGCCUGUUCCCUCCCACAGCGGGUACUGCUUAUGUCUAUGGCUGUGACAUCCGUGUGGACAUGGACAAGAUCCGACGCAGCCUGGGAAUGUGUCCGCAACAUAAUGUGUUAUUUGACAGGAUGACGGUAGAUGAACAUUUGUGGUUCUAUGCACGAUUGAAGGGAAUGCCUGAGAAGGAUGUCAAGAGAGAGAUGGAUCAACUCGUAAUGGACGUAGGACUGCCCACUAAGCGCCAUUGCGCUGUAGAGACCCUGAGCGGGGGCAUGAAGAGGAAGCUCUCUGUAGCUAUGGCUUUUGCUGCUGGGUCAAGAACUGUAAUCUUGGAUGAGCCCACUGCGGGUGUGGACCCUUAUGCUAGGAGAGCCAUAUGGGACCUUCUUAUCAAGUACAAGAAAGGUCGAACUAUCUUACUGUCGACGCAUUUUAUGGACGAGGCUGACCUGUUAGGAGACCGUAUUGCUAUCGUCUCAAACGGGAAGCUCCGUUGUGUAGGCUCACCACUCUUCUUGAAAAGCCACUUUGGAGAUGGCUACCACCUUACUCUGGUGAAGAAGCGCGAAAGAACUCCCCAGGGGUCCAUAGUGAAUGUGCACGUGUCAUCAACAGGAUCUAGCCAGGCCCUGGAAACUACUGAGACGACUUCAAGCGAGAACACACUCCAGCCCGAUCAUCCGAACUUCGGUGAAGAUCAUGUUAAAAAAGUGACGAACUUCAUAAAAUCUCACGUACCGGCGGCCAGGCUAGAACAGAACACAACGCAGGAAUUCACGUUUGUUCUUCCUGAUAACUCAGUCAAGCGAGGGGGAUUUGAAAUUUUCUUUAGUGAUCUGGAGGCGAAACAAGACGAACUGGGGAUAGACAGUUUUGGACUUACUGAUACUUCUCUCGAAGAGGUUUUCCUGAAGGUAACUGACGUUACAUCUCGAGAUGAAUCCGAAGAACUCAAUUCGUCAAAGUCUGAAGACUCCUUAAACCCUGGCGAGUCCUCAAGCACUAUGCUCAGCGGCGACAGCGCGGGACUUGGUGACGAGUGGGAUGAAGAUAUCCCAGGAGACGGAGAAAUUGAACUCAACGACUUGCCAAAUGUUCGUUACGAUGCAAGGGAACAGCUGUUAAGCCCAGAGAUUCAAGAAGAGGCCACUGAUCAAUAUGCUGAUCACACGCCGUCGAACAAAGAAUUUCAAGGUGUUGGCUCUCGUACAUUAACCGGUGUAUCGCUAAAACUGCAGCAGUUCUACGCUCUUGUGAUCAAACGAUUCCACUAUGCGCGGCGAAACUUCAAAGGAGUCAUCUCUCAGAUUCUUUUGCCCGCUAUUUUCAUCACCAUUGCCAUGGUAAUGGCUCUCUCGUUUCCAAAGCAACCAGACCAACCUCCGCUGGAGCUGACACCGUCCAUGUUCCCGCGGCCAAACUACAUCCCGUUUGCGAACGAGGCUAAGGGAGUGAACCAGUUGGCGUCACGACUGGACAAAACACUGACCCUGCUCUCCGGGGUGGGGGCGACGUGUUGCCUUCGAUCAGUUAACCUGACAACUACGGAAGUCAAACCUUCCAAGGAGGACCUGGCUCAAUUGUUCAACCAUUCCUGCUCUGUCUCUAUUGACGAAGUGUCAGAUGAGUAUUUCAAACCGUCUAAUCUCCACUUGUCGUAUAUUUACACAAAUGGAUCUAACGUUAGCCAUUCAGUGACGCACAAGGACACGGGCAGGGGAUGUCGGUGCUCCCCUAACAAGACAGCUUACGUGUGUGACCGAGGUGCGGCUGGACCACACCCUAAAGAACUGGUCACCAUAACACUGGACACUCUACAGAACAUUACCGGAAGGAAUAUUUCAAAAUAUUUGCUGUACACCACAGAGACGUUCAGGCUCCACAGGUACGGCUCGCUGUCGUUUGGCGAGGUGGUUAGUUUUGUUCCGCAGAAGUUAGACAAAGUUAAAAUAGCCUCUGUUAGAAGACUGGCCAUUAGAGAAGCUGUCAAGGCGUGGUACAACAACAAGGGCUACCAUGCCUUACCAACCUACUUGAACGUCAUGAACAAUGCCAUUCUACGAGCCUCACUGGCUAAAGGCAAAGGAAAUCCUGCUGCUUAUGGUAUAACGGUAUUCAACCAUCCUUUCAACAAAACUGACUCAAAUCAACUCUCGGCCAGAUACAUGCGUCAAGGCACAGAUCUUGUGAUUGCCAUCUUUGUUAUUAUCGCCAUGUCCUUUGUACCGGCCAGUUUCGUCGUGUUUCUUGUUACCGAGAGAUCGUCCAAAGCCAAACAUCUGCAGUUUGUCAGCGGUGUUGAUCCUGUCAUUUACUGGCUUUCUAACUACGUCUGGGAUUUGUGUAACUACCUGAUCCCAGCUUGUGCCUGCAUCACUUUGCUGCAUGUAUUCAAGGUUCCUGCUUACUCCUCGGACACGAACUUCCCAGCUGUUGUGUGCUUGUUCUUACUGUAUGGAUGGUCCAUCACACCUAUCAUGUAUCCAGGAGCAUUCUUUUUCAGUGAAGCUAGUUCAGCUUACGUGUUUAUGAUUGUGGUCAACCUGUUUGUUGGAGUCACCGCCACGGUUACUACCUUCAUCCUGCAGCUCUUCCCUGAUGAUGUGUUGUUAACCAAAAUCUACGAUGCCUUACGAGUUAUCAAUCUUGGAUUUCCUAAUUACUGUCUGGGGCAUGGCCUUAUGGAUCUGGCUUACAACCAGUAUCUCACAGAAUACUACACACAGAUAGGUGAAUACGAAAAGAUUCGAGAUCCAUUUGAAUGGAUGCUCACUACUCGUAACUUGGUGUGCAUGGCAGUGGAGGGAGUUGUGUUCUUUAUUCUCACCGUCCUGAUAGAGUUCAGAUUCUUUAUUAAGCGGAGGCGCACACAAGUGUCUAAGGAGCCAAUCGAAGGGCUCGACGAGGAUGUGGCGGCUGAAAAAGAAAGGGUCCUUAGCGGAGGCGCGAGCAGGGACCUCAUACGAAUAGAGAACUUAACAAAGGUGUAUUAUGCAAGAAAGAGAGGUAAACAUCUGGCCGUGGACAGACUGUGUUUUGGAGUUCCAAAGGGAGAGUGUUUUGGUCUGCUGGGCGUGAAUGGAGCAGGAAAGACCAGCACAUUUAAGAUGUUGACAGGAGACACCUCCAUGACUGCAGGGAACGCUUUCCUAAACUCUCACAGUAUUGCCUCAGAGAUGCAGAAGGUACACAAGUGUAUGGGCUUCUGCCCUCAGUUUGACGCUCUUUUUGACGAACUGACCGCCAGUGAGCAUCUGACCCUGUAUGCGCGACUCAGAGGAGUGCCUGAAAAAGAACUGCACAAGGUUGUGUCCUGGGCGAUCAAGAAGCUUGCCCUGACACACUAUGCCAACAGACCCAGCAAAACGUACAGCGGUGGAAACAAGAGGAAACUGUCCACUGCAAUGGCGCUGAUUGGUAACCCGCCAAUAAUUUUCUUGGAUGAACCUACCACCGGAAUGGACCCGCAUGCCCGUCGCUUCCUUUGGAAUCUGAUUCUGGAGAUCAUCAAGGACGGUCGCUCAGUCAUCUUGACUUCACACAGUAUGGAAGAGUGUGAAGCAUUAUGUACUCGUAUGGCGAUCAUGGUCAAUGGCCAAUUCAAGUGUCUGGGAAGCUGUCAACAUCUCAAAAACAGGUUCGGAGAAGGCUACAUCAUCACGGUCCGAAUCCAGGGAGACUUACCAAAUUUGGAACCUCUCUACCAGUUCUUUUCGGACAAGUUCCCACAUGCUACGCUCAAGGAACAUCACCACAACAUUGUUCAGUACCAGCUUCCCUCGGGUGUCAUGGCGCUUUCCGAAGUGUUUGGGCACAUCGAGUCGUCUUACGAAACUUUGAAGAUCGAGGACUAUUCAGUCAGUCAGACUACUCUAGACAACGUUUUCAUCAACUUCGCUCGUACACAAACGGACGAAAUCGACUUUGAUGAUCAGUCAGCGUCAUCAAGAAAGACUGGUGCGAGACUCAGUGUGCGCAGGCGCGCCGAGAGGCUCAGAGACCUGUGGUCUGUCGAUGUGCAGUUCAGCCCUUUGGAAGAAGAAGAUGGAGAGCGUUCGAUAGGGGAUAAUGAGGACUGGCAAGUCACGUUCGCUGACCAGGCACGGCUCAGCUUUGAGACUUCCGAAGAUUUAUAAUUGUUCUACAAGCCACACUUUGAAGUAGGAUAACGAAGAAAUUAGAUUUUAGUCAUGUCCCGAAAAAAAUUGUUAACGUAUCUAAUGAUAACUUGCGAUCAUACCUUCCUUAUCCCUUUCAAAAGUUAGACGCCUGAUCGAAGGUUAAUCUGAUGUCGUUGUACUGGGUUUAUGAUAGUUGUUAGUAUGAAUUUGACCAGAUUCAGUGCCUGGAAAACGGGCAGCAAGAAUCUAUCAGUAUUUAUAUUUAACGUUACUCAACAUAAUGUAUUAACUAUUUAUUUGUUGGACCAUGAAGUUGUCCCUUGUGUUUUAGGUGGUGGGGUGGGCAGAAUAAGCCAAAUGGGUAAAAAAAGUAAGUUUGCUUAGGAGCUUUUCUCCGCUCAGUUAAAAUGCAAGAAAGGGAACUUGUGUAGUUUGGCUAGUUAAAAUGAUUGUAGUUUUGCUGUUAGGAUAAUACUAAGAUAACUGCAGGAUUUCGAGAGGCACUUUUUAUGUAAACUGCAAGCAAGCUAUGCAGCAGUAUUGUAUACAUACCGUAGAUAGGGUACCAAAACAUGCACUCUGUUGGGUGAACUAUGGUGAAAAGGGAAUAAAUAUUGAAGCAUAAGCGCUCUCUACAAUUGGGGAAAAAUAAUAUUAAAAUUUUGGUCAGUGUGAUUUCACGUAAGUAAUCAAAUCAAGGGAAAUCAAACAAGAAUAAAUCGUUGGAUUGUUCAGUUCA